AAGUUGAUUGUAAUGAAUUUUUUUUUACGCAAAAGAUGUUCAGUUGAUCAUUUGACUAAUUAAUAUCAUUUACGAAACAACAACGUUCCGAGAACGAAGUAUUUCACGUAAUUUUUGUACCGUAUUCAAUUUUAUUGUACUGGUAAUAGCAUGAUGUUUGAAACAACUUAAAUCCGAUAGCAUUUAUUGCGAAUGAAGAAAGAGGGGAGAAGCAGUGUGCGAAACAGUGUUAUGUGCGCGUUUUCAACGUGCUGCGACUUGUUUUGCGCGGCCGCUUCGCUAAUCUCGACUACUGACGCAAUAGCCACAGACAAUGGAAAAACAAAAGGGCGGCAUUUCCUUUGGGUAUUUGCAUGAAAGUGGUCGCAUGGUUGCGAGUUCGUAAAAUUCCUGAAAUUAAUUGUGCAACUAUGUUCUUAUAUGCAAAGUUAGAAAAUGAAGUAUAUGUUAAGGUAGAAGCGAAUGAAGUUCCCAAAUUCUCCAUCACCAAUCACAAUAAGAACAAGCAAUAUAUAAUACCCAAAUACGAUCAAAGUGCUAUAAUUGUAUUUAUUGCUGAAUCUAUUGAAGCGUUAGAAGAGAAGAUAGCAAAUGACAGAAAGAAAGUGCCACCAAAUAAAUUCCUUUUAUCUGCCUCAGAAUUAAGCUGCAGCGAAGUGGAAAUUAACAUAAAAAAAAAGUCUCUCGAGAAGAGCAAUAGCAAUAACAUAUUGCAACGAAGGUUGGCAGGUCUCGAUUAUCACAAGGUAAAAAUAACAAUAAUAACAUUUGAAAUACUCCAUUACCCCCCUUUAAGUCAUUUCAAAUCAUGCGUUAUUUGCACUUGAGCAAAUUUUGAUUUCUCACUAUAUAUAUUCAUGUGAAAGUCAUAAAGAGUGCUUGAAGUUUUUGAUAACAAGUGUGCAAUUAAUUGUCAACUCAUGAGGAUGCCUACGUAUUUGUAUAUCAGGGUUUAUUUUAGGGGCAACGAAGCUUUUC